UAGCGGGAAGGUAAUACGAAGGAUAAUCGUUCAGUAUGCAGAUCGCGUGCGUUUCUUCCGCUAAAUGACACAAAUAAUCGGACAAGGACGAUAGCGAAUGGAUUGAUAGGAAGCAUUCACGAAAGCAUGCGAGCCAUUUAAUGGCUUUUCCGUUAGCAAUCAGAGAUGCAGCGUGUGGUGACGAUAUGGUACAUCAUAAAAAAGGACAAUCAGCAGCAAGGCGGAGUUCUCUUGUUAUACGAAACACGCUUUUAGUAAAUGAAGCAACCGUUCACGUGAAAAAUGGAAGCUACAAUAAAGCCAUAUUUCUGUACAAUCAAGCACUGGAGUUGAACCCGAGUGACAAGAAUGCCUUGAUAGCGCGGAGCAAAUGUCAUCUUUUACUGGGCGAUCCGCAAAAGGCCCUGGACGACGCGGAAGCGGCGUUACAAUUAAAUCCUAAGGACUCGAGUAAGUCCAAAGCGGUGUACUGCAAGGCGGAGGCUCUCUAUCAUCUCGGCGACUUCGAAAUGAGCUUGGUGUAUUAUUACCGUGGGAUGAGGAUUCGUCCGGAAUUCGGCGAGUUUCGCCUUGGUGUUCAAAAAGCAAAAGAUGCGAUACAGAACGUGUUACAAAACAUCAAGAGUUUCUUGCGAUUGUUAUAUAUGACUGUUAAUUAUUUAUAAAGAACUGCACCAGGCUGCACUUGGAGGCAAUUUAUCU